AUGACUGCCACCAAAGCCACCAAAGACAGUAAGCCACAAUGGCACACAAUCGAGUUCUUCACGGACGACCAGCUCGACUCUGCUCUGACAAUAUUCAAUGCAACCUGCCGUUACCAUAUCAUUGCCAGCAAGAAGAAGCUUGGUACCAAUACGAAGGUUGGCAAGGAGUAUGAUCGCCUUGCGCGAGGACUUCCGAUUGACGACGAGGCUUCUGAUGCUAUAAAGACUGCGUCCCCAGACACCUUCAGCUCCGACAGUGGCGUCGACGUGAGAGAGGGCGAAGACGGAACGCCUUCGGACGAUUCUGACCAGACUGAAGAGCCAACGCCUCUGUCUGGAGAGGGCGCUCUCAAGGCUUGGAUGGUUGCGCCGCUUGCAAACCCACCCAACAGUGCGCUGUCAGCAUCCGAAGCACAAGCCCUUUCAACCGUUGAAGAGUGGUAUCACUGUCGUACAAGAUUCUACGAGCUGGAACAAUCCAACGGAGGCCAAAAAGUAGAAGCUGUCGAGCUGGAAGCCACGCCCGAGCUCGAGCAAAGGACCGAACGUCUUUUGCCCAACAUGAUCUUACCAAAAUACCUCACCAACUCGUUGACCGCACCUUGGUUCCGCAGCAGUGAGUUGGAGGUUCUGGAAUGCAGCGACAAGCCGGUCGGAACACCCUACCACCCUUGCCGCGUUCAGAGCCAUAAGGCCAAAGAGACAUACUUUCUCAAAAUCGUCGACAACGACCAGCCGCAGCCGAUCAAGCGAGAGCUCGAUAUUCUGCAUCGGGUCGAGAAGCUAGGUCUGCGUGAUUCCAUGCAUGUGCCACAGCUUCUGGGUCUCGUCGCCUUCGAUAAUGCCGAGCCGACAAAGAACGGCCAGAAACGGAUCAUGGGUUUCCUUCUGACCGACAUCAAGGAGCCGACACCUCUUACACUCAUGUUUGACGAAUCCGUUGAGCAGGAGAGAAGAGAAGCUUGGGCCGCAGAAGCAGACCGUAUUCGAGACGUCCUGCACGAACACAACAUCAUCUGGGGCGACGCCAAAGCGGACAACUUCCUCGUCGACGCGCAAGACAAGCUUUGGAUCAUCGAUUUUGGAGGAAGUUACACCGAAGGGUGGGUUGAUCCUGAGUUGAAUGAGACAGAGGAGGGAGAUGACCUGGGAACGGAGAAGAUCAUCAAUGCGCUCAAGGAUCCUGUGGCUAAUGUUGAGCGGCCUGAGGAGGAAGAGGGGGAGAAGAAUGAGGAGGACGAGGAGAAAAGGGAUCAGAGGACGCUCGCACCGUCACAAUCAGAGUCGAAACGGAAACGUGAUGAGUCUGGGGAUAACGAAGAAGACGAGGAAUUACUGCCAGCCGACAAGCGAUCUCGUCUCGAGGUGGAGGAAUGA